GUUACAGAGAUCUCUAGACCAUUCUCUGACAGAGGAGAGAAGGGCGAAGAGAACGUGACUAUGGCCGGCGGAGACGCCGGCGACGGAGACCGUACGCCGGAACUCCUAGGCCUGGUUCAUGAUAUCGCUGCAAUGUACGGCGGGGCAGCCUGUGGUUCUUCCUCCUCCUCCUCCGCCAUUGCUGCCAAUGCUGUGUUCAAGAAGGACUGCAUUGAUCUGGUUCGUCGGAUCUCACUUCUCUCCCAUUUGUUCGAGGAGAUUAGGGAUUUAAAGGCUGUUAAUUCUGCUGAGUUGGAUGCUUCCACUUCUUCCAAUGCAUCUGCCUCUUCCUGGUCCUCUGAUCUGGUGUUUGCUCUUCAAUCUGCUAAGCGCCUUCUAUGCGGCGCAAGUAACUUCCAUUCCAAUUGCAUUUCUGAUGAAGCUGCAAAGACUAUUGUCUUCCAAUUUCAGUGUGUGACAUGGAAAUUGGAGAAACUUUUGAGCAGAUUACCGUAUGACCAUUUGGACAUAUCAGAGGAAGUUAGAGAACAGGUGGAGUUGGUAAGAACACAGUUGAGUCGAGCCACUGAAAGAUAUGGAUCUAUAAUCUCAAACAUGUCAUCUUAUGACAUAUCCCAGCAACUGGCUGAAAACGUUAGUGAACGUAAUGGCAAACCUAGGAAUCAGUUGCAUAAGCAAAACAGCUGCCCUGAGUAUUUACUAAAACUGGACAACAUUCCUAAAAGCAAUGGAGGGAAGAGAUGCAGCACAUGUCAAGCAAGUCUUCAAUUGGAAAGGGCGAGGAGCAUCCCUGCCUCUUCGGAGGCUUCCUUAUCAAAUGUGAUUCAUCCUGAAAGUCAAGCUACUUCCAAGAAGAAGGGUCCAACCGGAGUUAAAACACCUGAAGCUAUUGUUAUUCCAGAAGAUUUUCUUUGCCCAAUAUCAUUGGAAUUAAUGAAGGAUCCUGUUAUUGUGGCCACAGGCCAGACAUAUGAGCGGUCUUACAUACAGAGAUGGAUAGCUUGUGGAAAUGUAACUUGUCCUAAAACUCGCCAGAAGUUGGAAAAUUUAAACCUAACACCAAAUUAUGUUUUGAGGAGCCUUAUCAAUCAGUGGUGCUUAGAUAACAACUUUGAGCAGCCGAGAGGACUAGCCCAUGGCAAGCUAAAACAGAGUGAUGGAUCAUUUAGAGAUGUUACGGGUGACUUGGCCACCAUUGAGGCUCUGGUCUUGAAGCUAUCCAGCCAUUCCAUUGAGGACUGUAGAGCAGCGGUCACUGAAAUCCGAUCACUUUCCAAGCGGAACACAGACAAUAGAAUACUAAUUGCUGAAGCUGGAGCGAUUCCGGUUCUGGUCAACCUGUUAACGUCAGAAGAUGUAUUGACACAAGAGAAUGCAGUUACUUCAAUUCUCAACCUCUCGAUAUAUGAAAACAACAAGGGACUUGUAAUGCUUGCGGGUGCCAUCCCAUCAAUUGUGCACGUUCUUAGAGUUGGAAGCAUGGAAGCAAGAGAGAAUGCUGCAGCAACCCUUUUUAACUUAUCAUUUCCGGAUGAGAACAAAAUAAUAAUUGGUUCCUCAGGAGCUUUCCCCCCUUUGAUAGAAUUGCUCCAAAAUGGCAGCCCUAGAGGGAAGAAGGAUGCAGCAUCAGCAUUAUUCUACCUAUGCAUCAGUGAAGGGAACAAGGGUAGGGCCGUUAGAUCAGGGAUCAUCCCUGCAUUGUUGAAGAUGCUUGCGGAUUCCAGAAAGUCAAUGGUCGAUGAAGCCCUAACAAUAAUGUCAGUUCUUGCCAGCCACCAAGGGGCAAAGGUUGCUAUUGUAAACGCUGGCACUAUGCCUGUUUUGAUUGAUCUUUUGAGCACAGGUCUGCCUCGACACAGAGAGAAUUCAGCCGCCAUUUUAUUUUCCUUGUGUAAGAGAGAUGCUAAUAAUCUUGCUUGUUUACGCACUCUUGGUGGUGUCAAGCCAUUGACUGAACUUGCUCUCAGUGGCACUGAGAGGGCUAAACGGAAGGCCACUUCAUUAUUGGAAUAUAUUCGCAAGUCCCAGGAGCUCUGAAUGGUCUAGCGUUGUGGUGAGGGCUUUCGGCUUCUAUUCUUCUGAUUAUUUCACAUAAUGUUCGGUCUUUUUCUUGGGUUUGCAAACCGAUCAUACAGAGGCUGACAUUUAAAAUUACAGCAGCCUCGUUGAUUCAUUAAAUUCCUUGCUUGUUUCGUUCUUUUUAACCUGCCCUCUAUGUAACGGGCGUGUAAAUAACUUAAUUGAUGCCUUGUUCUCUCACAAAGUUAUAACUGAAAUUGCUGUUCUCCUCUUUA